AUGUCCUCAGUGGAGUCCAUGAAGAAGGACUGUCUAACAUCUACUAACCUGUCGUCAGCUUCUUUAAAGAGCACAUUAACCAAAAUUCACAAGAGCAGAAAACACGAAGGUCGAGAGAAGCUGCUAGCAGAGGACACACAGCAGGACCUUAGUGUUAGCAGACCUCUUUCCAGUUGUUGCAAUUCCAGUCGGACAGUUCGUAGGAUCCUGGUUGCCUGUAUCAUAUCCUUCCUGGCUCUGCUUUGUGCUGUGGCAAUGGACUUCAGCCUCAGCUUUGAUCACUGGCGGAUAACAGAGACCUGCAUUGGUAAACUGACCUCCUGCAGGACUAAUGCUUCCCUUCAGGUUAUUUCUGAACUCCAGACCAUCAGAAACACAUGCGUAUCAAGGGAUAUCAAAUACGAUGGGCAAGAUAUGGUCCAGAAUUCUUCAUUUUAUAAACUAUCUGCAGUUUGUACAGGUGUAGAAAUGGACAAUCUGGGGCAGGCUUGUGGUGUGGAGCUCGCUGAGUUUUGUGAGCUGGUGCGGUCUGUUUUUUUGGACUUUGAUAAUGCAACAUGGACAGAUGAACCCAUGUGUAGGAAUGACACUGCUGUCUUUAGUCUUGCGAUUGAAAAGAUAUUAGACUUAUCAGGCAUCAGAGAUGUGGACAUUGGUUUUCUGAAGCAUAGUGCCGACUGGACAGACAUGAUCACUCUGAAAUUUCUAAUCACGUUACAGGAAUUAAGCCAUCAGUUAGUGUUAAGUGAAGGAGCAUCAGACGUCCAAUACAAGUGGUUUCAAACCCUAAACACACUACUGAUCCUACAAGACAUAUCUGAGACCUUCCAGAGCUGCUGGAGGGAAAAUAUUGACCAGGAGCUCAACCCCAAAGACUUUCACCCACACAACACCCUGCAUUCCUCUUUGGGAGAUGCUUAUGUGCUUAUUCCUGCAUUGAAGAACAUCCAGAACUGCUUUGUUGCAAGGACCACUUCAGUGCUGAAGCUGAAAUCCAGAGAUAUCUUCUCCAGCAUAAGCCUGAAGAUCUGCCUGCUUGUUAUUACUUGUCUGAUCUACCCCAUCGUCCUACUCUCCUUUAAGCAGAUGACAGAGUGGAUUCAGGACUACGCUCAAAGCCUGAGGGAGAAAACGGAAGACCUGAAGAUGCAAAGACGUCUCGCUGAGGAUCUCCUUAAUCAGAUGCUGCCCAAAUCUGUGGCCAAGCAGCUUCGGAAAAACAGACACGUCGAAGCUGAAAGCUAUGAGAGUGUCACCAUUUUUUUCUCUGACAUCGUGGGCUUCACUUCAAUAUCAGCCUCCUGCACGCCACUGCAGGUUGUCGAGAUGCUCAACAAACUUUACAUGUGCUUCGACACGCGCAUCGAUUCCUACGAUGUCUACAAGGUGGAGACUAUUGGUGAUGCGUACAUGGUGGUGAGUGGGCUUCCAGAAAGAAAUGGGGAUAAACAUGCUGAUGAGAUUGCCAAGAUGUCUCUGGACCUGGUGGCAGCUGUGAGACAAGUUCCCAUCCCACAUAUGCCCAACAAACGCCUUCAGCUCCGAGUAGGCAUACACACAGGUCCAUGUGUUGCUGGCAUUGUGGGCUACAAAAUGCCCAGGUACUGCCUGUUCGGAGACACAGUCAACACUGCCUCUCGCAUGGAAUCCACCAGUCUACCUCAGAAGAUCCACACAAGCUCUGAUACAUAUCUGGCUCUGAUGAAAGACGAUGCCUAUGAGCUCCAUCUAAGAGGAGAGAUCGAAAUAAAGGGUAAAGGAAAAAUGAACACCUACUGGCUGAUCGGUCACAAAAACUACAGUGUCCAGAAUGACAGUCUGGUGUGCCACUGGAAUCCAAAUCUGGCCAGGAAGAAAAAGACCCUGAUAGGGAGCAAUGUCUCUAUGGCUAAUUCCACCAUCACAGUUCAGACCGUGAGUGAGAGGACGUCUCCGGUUUCUCAGUCCAAGCCAGAGGGGACAGAAAUCAAAAUGUAUGUGUCAGUACAGGUGGAGAAACCUGCGGGUGGCCAUCGAACGCUUCAGGAAGAGGAGACCCCCACCAGCCCGCACAUCAACAGAGAAACGGCAUUACCAGGAAUCGUGCCACACUGCUAGACAAAACUGACAGCUUAGUGUGAUUUUUCUCAAGGUGAACUGGACCAAUGAUGUUAUUAAUUACACUAUUUGUAGUUAUGAUUUUAGAUAAGUGGAUAAAUAUAUUUCUAUGUAAACAAUAAUCACUAAUAAUAAUUAAUAAGUAAUACAUUUGUAUCUUAAAUGUGCUAUCAACCUGGUUGGGUACCCAACAGGCACAAUUGGCUGUGCCUGAGGGAGGAAGUCAAAUGGGUUCCUCAUAGCUGUUGCCUUUCAGAGCGAGAGAUUCAACAGCGUAUGUAGAGCCACACGAGCUCCAUGCAAAGGCAACCCGACCAGUCCUCCGGAUAUUGCAUUUCGUAGCAGGGAGAGACCCCGUCCAACCUUCCCUCCCUUAAACACAGCCAAUUGUGGCCAGGUCAGCUUGAAUUUGACUCUAGAUUCAGUUAAAAAUGCUCAUGAAUACUUAAUAAAUUAACAAUUCUCAAUUCAACUGAAAAUUCAUAUUAAUUUAAGGGUCGCCAGUUUCUCUGCGCUCGCCUCAGCCAUCCAUCUUUCUUACACCCAUCAUCAAAGAGCUCUAAAUGAUCCUAAUUAGCUAAAGUGGAGUGUAAUUCCACAGAUAAAUCCCAGCACUCACAUAAAGGAUGAUUGGAAACACAGCCCUGUAUUUUGGUGCUGUGAAAAGACAGAGACGCGUGCCAACAAGGAACAAUUGUGUUCCAAUCUGAUAAAGGCUGAAAAUAAUGGUCGGGCUGAAAUCCACUCCACUUAAAUCUCGCAGCGCACAUAGACACACACACACAUACAUAAAAGAGCUUAGGCGGGAUUUAUGCCUGUUAAGAGAACAGAAGGUUGUGCCAUUAGAGCAAAUUGGAUUUGUAUCACAGAGGUAAUAGCACACGUUCAGCCCUUUGUGGAAGAAAUCUAGCAGAAAAAACAUUAAAAACCUUGCCAUGGUGCUGUAACUGAAGUCCUACAAGUACAAACCUCAAUUCCGAAAAAGUUGGGACAGGAGCAUGUUUGGCAUUGUGCUACGUCACCUAUUCUUUAGGAUUCUUUAAGAUUCUUGUGGAGCAGCAGGGUAAGCUGGUGCCACAUAGGUACAGGCUGCAGGAUUCUACUGUAUUCUCACUUCUGGCUACUGUUUUUCUAAAGCAGGGCAUGUUCUGCCAUUUUUUUCUCCUGGUACUUUAGUUACAGUAUCUGCCACCUCCUUUUGGUGAUUCUAGGUGUGAGUUAGUAUUAUGAGUGAGUCUGUGUGACGCCCUUUGAUGAAUUGUCCAGGGUGUAUUUCUGGCUUUUAUAACAGGUAAUUUUUUAUGUAGGUGUUCCAGUCAUACCUGUUGCAGGAAUUGUUAUAAAAUCAGUGAUGUAAUUAUAAAUAAUAAUAAACACAAUUGAGAUGAUUUGAAAAGUUAAUUGUGGGAUUUGUGUUCAACAACAGUGCCUGACCUCACAAGUGCUCUUUUGACUAAACUGGCACAAAUUCCAACAGACAUGAUUCAAAAUCUCAUGGCUGUUAUGGGCCUAGGGAUGUAUGGUGAGGGCAGGAAAGUGGAGUGCCAGUGGAUCUAGAAUAGGCAAAUACAUAUUUAUGCCCAUGGUUUUGGAAUGGCUUGUCUGACAAGCUUAUGGUCAAGUGUCCACACACUUCUUGAAGUGCCAUUAACUGAAUUUACCCUAUAGUAUAACAUAUAAUCUCUUGUCUAUGGGUUCAAAUUCAUUGUUCUAACUGCAGUGAGGGGAAACAAUAUUCAACAACCACUUUUUUGUUUUUGUUAAUUGAUGUAUUUAUGGUGCAUACAUUCACUUCAA